ACGCUGGAACACCGCGAGCCUCGAGGUGCUCCUAUAUAUCCCAGUCAUGCCGGCUAGAUCGUCUCCGCAACGCACCUCUCUUCACCAUGCAUUUUAUUCAGAGCAUUGCUGUGUGCCUUUCGCUAGGAGCGUUGGCUUCCGCGGGCCAUCCGAGCGACAUCUUCAAGCGGGCCAAGAAAUAUGAACAGAAGCCACGCGUGAGAGCAGCACCGCCUGUCAAUGCUCCCAAGCUAGCGAAGCGUGAUGUACCAUUUCUCACGGACAAGACCAAGUCCUUCUCUGUCAAUGGAACGGGUAUUCCUGAUGUCCCAUUUGACAUUGGCACGAGCUACGCUGGCCUGAUGCCAAUCUCGGAAUCACCAGACGAGACGAGAAAGCUGUAUUUCUGGUUCUUUCCCACGACAAAUCCCAAUGCGACGGACGAGAUUACAUUCUGGUUCAACGGAGGUCCAGGCUGCAGCUCUCUCUCGGGUCUCUUGACCGAGAAUGGACCAUUCACCUGGGAGGCUGGAACUCUUGCCCCUGUCCAGAACCCAUACACCUGGGUGAACCUCACCAAUAUGGUUUGGAUCGAGCAACCCAUCGGUGUUGGCUUCACACAAGGCACACCCAACAUCACGAACGAGGUUGAGCUUGGUCAGGAGUUCGUCGGGUUCUACAAGCAGUUCUCGAAGACAUUCGAUCUCCAGGGCCGAGACAUCUAUCUCACCGGAGAGAGCUACGGUGGUUACUACGUUCCAUACAUUGCCGACGCAAUAUUGAAGGAGAAUAGCACGGAAAUGCCUCUUGGCGGCAUCGCUAUCAACGAUCCAAUCAUUGCAGAUGGUACCAUGCAACAGCAUACUGUAAUGUACGACUACGUCGAGUACUGGAACAAGCUACUAUACUUGAACGACACCUUCAUCGACGCCCUCAAGAACCGCAGCGAUGAAUGUGGCUACACUUCGUUUAUGGAGAAAUAUUUCAAGUUUCCUCCUCCAGCGGAGAAGUACCCGGUCCUCCCCGAUCCCUAUGCGACCGAGAACGGCACUUGCGCCCAGUUCGACAACGCACUGAACGCCAUCCUACUGGUCAAUCCGUGCUUCAACUUGUACCACAUCAGCGAGACCUGCCCUCAUCCUUACAGCCAGUUGGGCAUCGUCAACCCGGGAGACUACUCGCCACCCGGCGCUGAGGUGUACUUCAACCGAACGGACGUGCAGAAGGCAAUCAACGCCCCCGUAGGUACAAACUGGGAGCAGUGCACAUCAGGGAACGUCUUCGGUCUCGGGGACGGCAACAGUUCGCGGUCCGAUACCAGUCUUGGUCCGGCUCAGAAUGGCGUCCUGGAGCAUGUGAUCGAAUGCACGAAUAAUGUUAUCAUCGGGUCUGGCAAUCUUGAUAUGCUGAUCAGCACCAACGGGACCCUGCUCGCCAUCCAAAACAUGACCUGGAACGGAAUGCAAGGUCUUCAGGAGUACCCCGGGAAAGAGUUCUACGUCCCAGAUCAUCCUGAGUAUAAUGGCGGCGCACUCACUGGUUCCGGCCUUCAAGGCUACUGGGGUACUGAGCGUGGUUUGACCUUCUAUCAAGUGCAACUUGCGGGACACGAAUUGCCGGGUUACACGGCCGGCGCUGGCUAUCGGUCCAUUGAGCUGCUACUGGGAAGGAUUGAGUCCUUGUCCGAUCGAGGAACGUUCACCACGCAGUCCGGCAAUUUCACAGGCAACACCACGUUGUAUCGCUAGCUGGCGUGGGAAUAGGAAGUGGUUGGGUUUGUAGUCAGGCAGACGAUUGGAGUACUGAUCGGAAAGAUGCAACAUUCUCCAUCUGCGACAUUGAG